AUGUGGGCUGGCGGAGUGACGCAUCAGUAGGAGUCUCAAUAAAGAGGCGACGGCUGCUGAGAGCGCGGAACAGUGGAACGAACAGGCGUCCCAAUACCACAGCUACACCACCACACCGCCGUGCCUGACAUCUCAGCCUCUUCUCUGAGCUCAAACCGGAGGAAACCCGCAGCAGCGGAGGGAAAAUGCUGCCACUCCGGUCGUCCCAUUAACUCAUCCACCCCGAAAACAAGGCUAUUCAGGGAGCUCACACAAACGGAACCGACAGGAAUUAAUAUAUAUAUAUAUAUAUAUAUAUAUUUGAAAUAGACAGCCUGUUGGAUUUUGUGUCAAGCCAUGGGCAGCAAGACUCUGCCAGCUCCAGUCCCUCUCCAUCCAUCCCUCCAGCUGGCUAACUACUCCCUCCUCCAGAGCUCCACAGGCCUCCAGUUGCCAGCAGAUCACUUCCACAGCAUCUACAGCUUCAGUGCCCUGCAUGCCAUCCACCUCCACCAGUGGACACUUGGCUACCCGCCUUUGGCCCUGCCCCGCUGCACCAUCUCCAAGCUGCCUGCCCCGUUCUCUUCUAUGGCCUCCAUCCCCAUCUUCCCUCACCUUCUGCAGCCCAAGCAAGACUCAGGAGGGCUGCUGCAGAGCUCCAAGAACAAGCCCCGCUUUGACUUUGCCAACCUGGCAGCAGCAGCCACCCAGGAGGAUCACCUGAAGGCGGAGGACCUCAGCAUGACGGGCGUUGCAGCUGCUGCUGCUGCUGCCGCACAGGCUUCAUCUCACCACCCGACCUCAGCCAGCCUGGGAUGCCUUCUGGAUGUGACCAAACUCUCCUCACCAGAGCGCAAGUCCAGCCGAGGCCGGCUGCCCUCGAAGACCAAGAAAGAGUUUGUUUGCAAGUUCUGCGGCCGCCAUUUUACCAAAUCCUACAACCUGUUGAUCCAUGAGCGGACGCACACAGAUGAGAGGCCAUAUACCUGUGAUAUCUGCCACAAGGCUUUCAGAAGACAGGACCACCUCCGGGACCACAGGUACAUUCAUUCCAAAGAAAAGCCCUUCAAGUGUCAGGAGUGUGGGAAGGGCUUCUGUCAGUCCAGGACUCUGGCUGUCCACAAAACAUUACACAUGCAGGUCAAGGAACUAAAGCCAGCAAAGAUCAAGUGAUUCACUCUGCCAGCAGAGAAGGGACAGGCACACUGGAAAAACACAGCCAAAGACAAUUAUAGUCAAAGAACAACUAAAGACUUUUCCAUCUCAGCUGUUGGAGGCAAAGCCCUCCACUUCUGUGGGGACACUCCUUAAGAUCAAAGAUUUCACCGGCCAAUUCAUAAAGAAAUGGCACAGAAAUAAGCCUUAGUGGAGAUCUGUAUGCUUAGUUAUCAAAGCCUGACUUGGCAGAGAACCCAGUGGAUGUGUGGAAUGUGAAAUGGACCCUAAGAAAAAAAAACCUUGUGGCUGCUCAGUCCAAAUACUUUGCUGUAAAGCUUAUAAUCCAAAGAUGUUAUAAAAGGGACACUCAACUAUUAUGCAAGUUUUAUAAACAACUGAGAAUGAUCAAAGCCAUGUUAGCAUAGCCACAUUUUCCUUCUUUUCAAUAUCACAUUCCAAUGUUAUUUUUGUACAGAUGCAUUAUAUCAAAAUUGUAUUUUUGCAC